AUGGUCAUGUUACAAGGUAAAUGUAAUAUUAGUAAUAAGACGGUCGUGUUACAAGGUAAAUGUGAUGGUGGCAAUAAGAUGGUCGUGUUACAAGGUAAAUGUAAUGAUAGUAAUAAGAUGGUCGUGUUACAAGGUGAAUGUGAUGAUAGUAAUAAGACGGUUGUGUUACAAGGUGAAUGUGAUGAUAGUAAUAAGACGGUCGUGUUACAAGGUGAAUGUUAUGAUAGUAAUAAGACGGUCGUGUUACAAGGUGAAUGUUAUGAUAGUAAUAAGACGGUCGUGUUACAAGUUGAAUGUGAUGAUAGUAAUAAGACGGUCGUGUUACAAGGUGAAUGUGAUGAUAAUAAUAAGACGGUCGUGUUACAAGGUGAAUGUAAUGAUAGUGAUAAGACGGUCGUGUUACAAGGUGAAUGUAAUGAUAGUAAUAAGACGGUCGUGUUACAAGGAGAAUGUUAUGAUAGUAAUAAGACGGUCGUGUUACAAGGUGAAUGUGAUGAUAGUAAUAAGACGGUCGUGUUACAAGGUGAAUGUAAUGAUAGUAAUAAGAAGGUCGUGUUACAAGGUGAAUGUGAUGAUAGUAAUAAGACGGUCGUGUUACAAGUUGAAUGUGAUGAUAGUAAUAAGACGGUCGUGUUACAAGGUGAAUGUAAUGAUAGUAAUAAGACGGUCGUGUUACAAGCUGAAUAA